UGUUCUCCCGGAGCCGAACCACAAGUUUGCUGGAAGUGGCAGCGCCGAAGUGGAGACUGGGCUGAUGCUAUGGCUGGCUCGCUGCUUUAAUAUUUCCACCGUUUUCUGCAUUGAUUCCCCGCGUAGUGAAGAAGAGAAGCAAGGCUGUGUUGAGGUGAGGUGAGGUGCUAGAUGACCCUGCUGCUGCUCGGCCGGCUCCUGGUGGCUCCCGGCCGUGUCUUUCUGCCUAGCACCACCACCACCGCCACCACUGCUGCCACCGCCACCGCCACACGCCUGGCAGCGCUCACCAGACGCACCAUGGCUCAGGCAAGCGUACAGAGCGCUCGUCGGGUGGCGGUGACACAGAUGACAGCCACAACAGACAAAGAGCGCAACUUCAACAUAUGUGCGGAUUUAGUGGAGCGAGCAACACAGUGUGGAGCGCAGAUGGUGUUUCUCCCUGAGGCGUGUGACUUCAUAGCAGAGUCGAAGGAGGAGUCGGUGCAGCUGGCAGAGUCACUUUAUGGCCCUCUGGUAGCCAAAUACCGUAAGCUGGCCGCCUCCCUUAAGGUGUGGCUGUCCCUCGGUGGCCUACACGUCAAGGAGGAGGGAGAAGACAAGAUCAGCAACACCCACGUAGUGAUUGAUGACCGGGGGGAGCUGGCAGCCACUUACGUCAAGACCCACCUGUUUAGUGUUCAUAUCCCGGAGAGGAACCUGCACCUGGAAGAGAAGACCUAUGUGACCCCUGGCUCGGCAGUGACCCCCCCCAUUGCCACCCCUGUCGGCGAGGUGGCCCUGGCGAUUUGCUAUGACAUGAGGUUCCCGGAGAUGAGUCUAAUGCAGCGAUCCCUCGGCGCCCACAUCCUUACCUUCCCCUCUGCCUUCACUGUCACCACCGGCCUGGCCCACUGGGAGCCCUUGCUACGAGUGAGAGCCAUAGAGACGCAGUGCUAUGUAGUGGCGGCAGCACAGACAGGGCAGCACAACAAGAAGAGAUCAUCAUAUGGUCAUGCUAUGAUAGUGGAUCCCUGGGGGGCAGUCAUCAGCCAGGUGAGCGAGGGCACAAACUUUGCAGUGGCAGACAUAAACCUUGACUACCUGGAGACAAUCAGGAGGGAGAUGCCUGUGCAGAGCCAUCGCCGCGCUGACCUCUACCACACCAGCCUGCUGCCUCACCACAUGCCUGGCCUGCGGGUGUGUGAGUUAGUGCCGCCGCCCAGCCACUACGUCAGUUACCAGUUUGGGGGUGUGCGUGUGCCUGGCGGGUGUGUGUUCCUGAAGACUCACCUGUCACAUGCCUUUGUCAACAAGAAGCCACUGGUGCCUGGGCAUGUUUUGCUGACCCCUGAGCGACCGGCCCUGCGUCUGGCCCACCUGAGUGCUGCCGAGGUGAGCGACCUGGCCCAGCUCACCCAGCGCACCCUGGAUGUCGUCAUGGACCACUACCGCCCUGACAGCUGCCAGGUGGCCAUCCAGGACGGCCCUGCUGCUGGCCAGACCAUUGAUCACGUCCACCUGCACAUUGUUCCCCACUCGGCCGCACUACGCAAGGCUCUGCAGGGCCACGAGGGGAACCCAGAGAGGCCGUGGCGGGAGGAGAACGAGAUGGAGGAGGAGGCAAAUACAUUGAGACAAGUGGCCGCUCGAGUCCUGCCAGCCUUGUCCUCACCCACUCCUCAAGUCCCCAGAGCUGCUGUGCUGGACUGGGAGCUGCCCCGCCUGCUGCCGCUUGGCCCAAUUGCUGUGCCCGACGCUGCUGUGGUGCUCAAGACCAAGCAUUCCUGUGCCUUUGUUGCUCCAAACCCAAUCCUGCCUGGCCAUGUGUACGUGUCGUCGCUGGCGCCAUGUGAGGGUCUGCGGAGGGCCGGUGCAGCACAGGUUGUCGACUUGUUUCUGGCAGCUCAAAUGGUGCAGAAGUGUGUGGAGACUCACCAGGGGGCAGCAGCCUCUACCCUGGUGAUGCUGGAGUCUGCUUGUCCUCACCAGCAGCACCUACAAAUACAGAUCGUGCCACGCAGUGAGGACGACCUGCCCACCAAUGACGACAUCUACUCCGCCGUCCUGAGUCACGCCAGCCAGGCACCACAGUGGACCUUCACCGCAGAGCUGGCCGCCGUCGCCAGCCAGCUCAGGGGUCUGGUGUCCCUCAUGUGAAGACCCCAGUGUGUUGUGGUGGUGGUGGCUCGCUGCACUGUGUUGUGUGAAGGGAGUCUGUCUUUGCUAACCUAAGUCGUGUGUGUGUGUGUGUGUGUGUGUGUGUGUGUUGGUGUUUUGUUUUUGGUGUGUUUGAAUGUUACCUAACCUAACUAAACCUAACCUAAAGAGUGGUGAUCUUUGCUAACCUAAACCAUGUGUGUGUGUGUGUGUGUGUGUGUGUGUGUGUGUGUGUGUGUGUGUGUGUGUGUGUGUGUGUGUGUGUGUGUGUGUGUGUGUGUGUUGGUGUUUUGUUCUGGGUGUGCUUGAAUGUUAACCUAAUCUUAUCUGUGAAAAGUGUUCUAACCUAGCCUAACCUAAUCUAAUCUGCAUCUCUCAGUGUCUUUUAUUUGUUUUUUGAAGUGUGUCUGAAUGUAACCUAACCUAAUCUGUGAGGAAGUGUUUUAACCUAACCUAAACUGAACUGACCUUUACUGACCCAAGCCAGUCACUGCAUCUCCCGGUGUUUGACCCUAACCUAACUGUGACAAAGUGUUCUAACCUUACAUUACCUAAACCAGCUUGCAUCCCUGAGAGUUUGGAUUUCAGGGAAGUGUUUGUAUGUAACCUAACCUAACUACCCAUUCAUCUAUUUAUUAAUCUAUCAGUGCACCAGCUGCCAAUCUCUCUUGGGGAAACUGUCUGACAUAACCUAAUCUGACCUAACCGAAGCCAUCCUGCAUUACUCAGUACGUUGUUUAGUGGAAGUGUUUGAAUGUAACUGAAAAGGAUCUGAUCUAAUCUAACACCAUAACUCCAAUCCUUCGCCAAUCAGUCAGUCAGUCAGUCAGUCAAUCAGUCAGUCAGUCAGUCAGUCAGUCAGUCAUUCAGUCAGUCAGUCAGUCAGUCAGUCAGUCAGUCUUUCUCCUAACCUAACUACCUUUUGUAUACCAGUCAUUCAGUCAGUCAGUCAUUCAGUCAGUCAGUCAGUCAGUCAGUCAGUCAGUCAGUCAGUCAGUCAGUCAGUCAGUCUUUCUCCUUCUAACCUAACUACCUUUUGUAUACCAGUCAGUCAGUCAGUCAGUCAGUCAAGUGUUUCUCUUCUAACCUCUCCAGUCAGUCAGUCAGUCAGUCAGUCAGUCAGUCAAUGUCCAAUUAUAACUAUGUCCUUUCUGUGAUAAAGAUGUAAGAAUUAUUGUAGUAACCUUGUAUGUUUGUAUGUAUGUAUGUUUGUAUGAGUGACUGUGUGUGUGUGUGUGUGUGUGUGUGUGUUUUCCUCAAAGGUGCUGUUUCUUAGUCAACAUACAUAUUCAUUUAGGCUGUGUUAUGUAUAUUUAAGUAUUGGUGUGUGUAUGUGUGUAUGUUAAUUAAUUGGUUAAUUGUGUAUAGUUUUGUAUGAGGGAGAAUUUUGUAUGUAUUUUCAUCUUAAUUAUUGAUAUACUUUGCACUUAUCAUAGUUGUUUAUUCAUAUAUUUACUUAUUUAUUUAUUAUGUUAUUAUUUUUUAGUUCUUUCAUUUCUUACUAUUUACUUACUUUUAAAUUCA